UUUUCGCUUAUCAAAAAAAAUUGAUUGUAAUAGAGAGGUAAAGAAAGUACCUAUACGAAAAAAACGUGCUCCUUAUUUUGACAUCCAAAACAGAUGGCGCUGUCAUAUUAAAGGGAAACCAAACAAAGCUUUCUUUGAAAAUCCACCUCAAUUUCAAAUUCUCUUUGGUCAUAUGUUUUGCGUACACUGAUUUCUCAAACGUCAACUUUUGGCAAGUUACUGCAAAAUGUAUGGAGCUGUACAGCGCCAUCUCGUUUACCUGUCUUAGAUUUUACGUAUCUUUGCGCUAAUAUAGUUAUGACGUAACCAGACCGCAUGCGCCGACCACAGCUGAUUUCUAUUUUGAUCGACUGAGAGCUUCCACCUACAUCAUAGUCGUGCGCUUAUUGUAAAGUGCACAAUAUAGAAACUGUUGUUGUUAUCCCUUUCACAGUGUGUGUGUGAGAAUCGUGGGUUCAAAUUUCAGUCGUAAUGUACACUUGUACUGUAUUCAUUCUUAGGACCGGAUUCUUUUGGCCGAACCAAUAACCCACAGCGGUGUGAUGUGGCGCAGGAUUACUAGGAGGGCUGACCUCAAAUAAACUGGGACAAUACAGAGGAAAAAGAAGAAAAGAAGAAGAAACCAAAAAGAUUUAAAGACGGACUAACUAAAUGUCGGAACGCCAAAAGAAGCCUGCAAAUCAUGGCCGCAGAAGAGAUAGCAACUGACUUAUGGCAAACUCACGCACGACUGGACGUAGUGUUGGAACUGGUGUUCCUAUGGCUGGGUGGCGUGGAGUUGGCGUGUUGUGGCGCCGCGUGCCGUGCUUGGCGUCAAGCGAUCAGGCGUGCGGACGUGUGGAGAUGCCUGUUGGUUCAAGCGUCUAGUGCGGAUACAGUGCAUGCUCUGGCUAGCAUUUAUGAUGGCGCCUGUCCAUGGCGCGAGCUGUAUGUAUCAUGUAUAGCGCCGUGGCGCCGCGUGACGUGCCUGAUGCCAGAGCGGCCAGCUAGACUCGCCGCUGCAGCGCUUAGCUGCGAUGGAAACUUGCUUGCUAUUGCAGCUGAGGACUGCUCCUUUACCAUAUGGGUGCUGGCGAACGGAAAUUGGGCGCGUGUAGGCGCUGGUUCAGUGGCGUUAGGUUGGACUGGAGUAGUACGAGCAGAAUGGGCUCCUGAUGCACCACUUCUGUUACUGGCAGGAUCCGCUCCGCUCUCAGCACAAAGAGGAGCGCUCGCUGUACUACGACCCCGAAAUGGUAAGGUGCCCUCCCUACAUCUUCUUUAGAUACUACUCUGCUUUCUGCUCUAAAGGAACGAUCAUGAUUCUUUUUCUUUUUUGUCGCAUCCUCAUGGCUGAGAGACGUGACGACCCUCUUCACCAGUACUUUCCA